GUCAUUGAUCUCGAGGAACCUCCUGCCGGUGUUAUUCGAGUCCUUCCCGCUGCUGAGCCUCUGGUGCUCGAAGAGCUCCAAACUCAUGUUCACGACGCUCCAGUCAGUCUGACAGCAGGUGAAACGUCUCCUCUGACGAAACCGCUGGACAGUAAUGAAGUGAACAUGAGACCUGAGGACAACAUUUGCUGCCGAUAUGCAAUUGGCCGUAAGCUGGGGCAAGGUGGAUUUGGUGCUGUCUAUGAAGGCACUCGUUUGGCGGAUGGCCAGAAGGUGGCAGUGAAAUUUGUCAAAAAGACAAAACACACGGAGUGUAUCAGCAUUCCUGAUCAUCCCGAGCCCCUUCCCAAAGAAGUCGCUCUGACAAUCCUGGCCAAUAAAGGUCCAGUGAUGGACAUCAUCAAGCUGCUGGACUGGCAAGACCAGCAGGACUUCUACGUCAUGGUCCUCGAGCGUUUCUCGCACAGCAUGGAUGUGUCUCGCUUAGUGGAACGCAACGGCGGCAGCAUCGACGAGAACUUUGCUCGGCUCAUCAUGUGGGGGGCAACACUAGCCGCUGAUGUGUGCUGUCGCCGUGGGGUUUACCAUGGGGACAUCAAAUUGGAGAACCUGCUGAUAGACUUUAAUAACCUCGAAGUCAAACUCAUUGACUUUGGAUGCGGCGAUCUACUGACAGAAUCUGCGUACACGAGAUUCUGUGGCACAAUGAUGUACUGCCCUCCCGAGUACAGGAUGAAGGGCGAGUUUCAUGGAAAGCCUGCGACGGUCUGGACUCUGGGGAUCCUCUUGUUCAGAAUGCUGUGCGGAUACUUUCCAGAUACUUUUGACCUGUACAGAAUCAACAUGAACACCUGGUACAAACCGGGCUUGACAGAAGAUUGCUGCCAUUUGAUCUGCUCUCUUCUGCAGCAGAAGCCUGAGCGUCGGCCUGAUCUGGAAAGGAUUGUUUACCACGAAUGGUUUUAGGUGUAAGACCGGUCACAGCCACUCCAGAAGUGACAUCAGUGACAUCUCUUUCUGUUUGAUGAAAAAAUCCACCAAAAACAAGAGCUCAGGAUGAGAUGAAGGACCAAAUUACUGAGAUGGAAACAUCCAGAAGUACUGACGGUGGAAGAGCGGUCACUCCAGAAGUGUCAUCUGUUCAUCUGUGUGUCUGUGGGCUGAAUCCAGUGGCGUCUCCAUCCAUCCAUCCGCUUUAGCCUCUUGCAUCUUGGCUUGAAGUAGCAACACUAGCAUCUGGCGAUAUUGCUUUCCGAAGGAUGUGAAAAUAAAUAAUUGUACUUUUGCAAAUAAUUUGAGUUUAGUUCAUCUGAACAGCCACAGAGGUUGCUUUCAGAGCCUUCAGAGAUCUACUGAUGAGU